AUGGAGGAGCUCAACCUCACAGCGGUGACUGAGUUCAUUCUGCUGGGCAUCACCGAUCGUCCUGAGCUGCAGGCUCCACUAUUUGUGCUGUUUCUCAUCGUCUACCUGACCUCACUGGUGGGAAACUUGGGCAUGAUUGUUCUCACCCAGGUGGACUCCAGGCUGAAAACACCCAUGUACUUCUUUCUCAGACAUCUGGCUCUCACUGAUCUUGGUUACUCUACAGCUAUUGGACCUAAAAUGUUGGAAAAUUUUGUAGAGGAUCAAAAUACAAUCUCCUACUAUGGAUGUGCUACACAGAUGGCUUUCUUUAUUGUGCUUAUUGCUUCUGAGCUUUUUAUUCUAUCUGCCAUGUCCUAUGACCGCUAUGUGGCCAUUUGUAAACCUCUACUGUACACUGUCAUCAUGUCACCAAGAGUAUGCUGGGCACUAGUGGUGAUUACUUAUCUCUACUGCACAUUUGUGUCUCUUCUAAUUACUAUAAAGAUUUUCACAUUGUCCUUCUCUGGAUACAAUGUCAUUAGUCAUUUCUACUGUGACAGUCUCUCCUUGUUAUCUUUAGUUUGCUCAGACACACAUGAAAUUGAAGUGAUAAACCUAAUCUUUGCAGCUUUUAAUUUGAUUUCCUCUCUUCUGAUUGUCCUCAUGUCCUACCUGCUCAUACUUGUAACCAUACUGAAAAUGAAGUCCAUAGAGGGCAGGCAAAAAGCCUUCUCCACCUGUGGGUCCCACCUGACUGUGGUCACAGUGUUCUACGGGACUUUGAUAUUUAUGUAUGUGCAGCCCAAUCCAAGCCAUUCCAGAGACACUGAUAAAGUGGCUUCCAUAUUUUAUACCUUGGUCAUCCCCAUGUUGAAUCCAUUGAUCUAUAGUUUAAGAAAUAAAGAUGUAAAAUAUGUCUUGCAAAAAAUGUGGGAAAGGGCCUGGUGA